GUUUGUUUGGAGAUAUACAACAGCCAUUAGUCAUGUAUUACAUCAACAAUAAUAAUAUUGCCAAGAGAGAUUAUUACACAAGGCUUUGCCCUUUUACUGGAAAGUGAAAGUUGUUUCAGCAGAAGCUCCAGGAGAUGGAACAGCGAGUAUUUGUCUCCGUUUUCCUGUUCUUACUCCUGCCCCACUCAGGUGCUGAGUUAGAGGUCCAUGCUCCCCCCACACACACCGUCACUUUGGGAUCUGAUGUGACUCUUCCCUGCAGGUUCAGUGUGGGUCCAACACAAGUGGAUCUACAAUAUCUCGCAAUACUUUGGUACUUCCAGGACACAGAAAUUCUCAUCUUUAAUGUUCAUAAGAAUGAAUCAGAAGCACGGGUGUCGAUCAGAGGGGAGGAUGCUGGGAAAGGAAUUGCUUCACUACAUCUUGCCCGUGUCACACUAUCUGAUGCCGGGUUGUACAAGUGUAUGGUCAUCUACAUUCCCAGGUCCCAGACCAAGGAGGUGCAACUCACUGUUCAUGCCGUUCCAACAAUCAAAGAGCUGGAGAUAUCAGAGGAGGAUAUGGAUACUUAUAGGAUUCUGUGCUCCGUGUCUGGGUUCUACCCAAAGAACAUUUCUGUCACUUUAAUGAAAGAUGGAAAAGCUGUGGAUAAUUCUACGCUCUCUAAUUACACCCAUAACUCUGAUGGAACAUUCAAUAUCAACAUAACCCUGAUGAUAGUGGCCUCUGAGAUCCCAAGAAUAUUGUCAUGUGUUGUCCAACAUGGAUCUCAUGCAUGGCCCAUUCAAAAAGAGUUACAGCUACAGUAUGGAGUGUACGGUGAUAGCAAUAUGGCUGCCGUGUAUGGGGCCAUUGGCGUCUCUGCUGUGGCUCUUCUGAUUGUGAUCCUCGCUAUAGUUUACAUCAAAUGCAAAAGAAAAAAAGGUCAGGAGAUGUUUAUGGGUGACAUUCAGGGGCCUCCAGUUUGGAUAGAUGGGGAAAAGCUCAGCCUUUACUGUACAACAUCCAACUGUUCUCAUGAUGCCAACGUCUCUUGGAUUGUAAAGGCACAAGAUGGCACAGAGAGUGAAUUCUCAGAGGCUGGUACUGGGGAAGCAGAGGAGGAACAGCCUCUUAUCUCUAGAGAAUAUAUUGUAUCUAAAGAGAAAACCAUCAAGUCACAAAAGAAUGGCCUCUGUGAUUAUUCCAGCACUUUCUGCUUCAUUCCAUCUGUAUCCAGGCACCUUGGCACAUCCGUCUCCUGCAAGUUUGUGUGUGGUGGGAAAACCCAAGAGAAGACCUUCCAGUUUAAGUCUAUUCAAGCCAAACCCAAGUUUAAUGAGCCAAUAUGUAUGAGCCUUUGUGACUCUGGGAAUGUGCAGCUAUUGGCCAACCUGGAGAGGUUCUACCCUAAGGAGGGAAUCAAGGUCACUUGGAGAUGUAACAAGGACAAGUCACUAGAGACAAAUGCACCAAUGGACGAAUUGAUUACACAUCUGGAUAAUACAUUUACUGUGAGAAGCAAAUAUGAAAUUUCUGGGGAUUGGUUCAAGGAUCCAGACUUUAAAGCUUGUGUCUCAUGGAAACAUGAUUCUAUGGAGAAAGCUGAGUCCAGAGAAGUGAGUGUUAAAGACUUCCCAUGGCAUCCGACUAUCGAUGACAUUCCCUUACAAACUGAGAGAGAAAACAAUAAAUUAAAACUGAGCUGUAAUAUCUCCAAUUACUUCCCUGAUUCUCUCACUGUCAGUUGGUUUGGGAAGAAGAAGGGAAGUCAGGAACUGUUUCCUGUAUCUAAAAGUGACAUUUAUGACAUGCAAACGCCCCAGUCCAAAAGGGGAAAAAAUCACACAUAUAAGUGCCAAGUAUGUUUGGUUAUCUCAGCGCCACAAAGCAUGGAGCAGGACAUGGAAUAUAUCUGUAGAGUGGAGCACCCAAGCCUGAAGGAACCAAUACAAGGAGGCACAGGGCCAAUAAACAAAUAUGAUUUGGCAGAGAAGCAAAGCUUCAUUGUGCAUAACAUUCAGGGGCCACAGAGAUGGCAAGAAGGAGAGAAGGUCACUCUGUAUGGGACUGCCCUGUACUGUAAGAAGGAUGUUCAGGUGACCUGGAUGGUGAUCGAGAUGGAUGGGACCAAAUGUGAAAUCCCAGACAUUACCAAGGAGAAGGAUAAAGAGGAGAAGUCAGGCGUCAAUGACUAUGUGGCUUGUAGGGAGAGUAGAGAUGAAUCAGACCGUGAGGGACUCAUGGGCAUUACCACUUCUCUGAGCUUUACUCCUUCAGUCUCCCGGCACAGAUCCAUGAGUCUCAAAUGCAAGUUUGUCUGUGAUGGGAAAUCCACUGAAAAACUCUUCCAAUAUAAAUAUCUCUAUGCCAAACCCAAGCACCUGAAGCCAAUAGAAUUCUCUCUCCUUGAGAAUGGGGAAGUGCUGUGUUCUCUCAGCUUGCAGCAGUUUUACCCUAAAUCCAUGAAGAUCAGUUGGGGUGCUGGGGUCCCCCCUUCCUAUGACAAGAUGGAGUCAGAUGAGGAAGUGACAGACUCGGGGAUCACGUAUGAUCUUCUCAGCAAAUGUAGAAUUGCAGGGAGGUUUCUCCGAGAUCUUAAUUUUACUGUCAAAGCUUCUUGGAAACACGAGUUCAUGAGUGACUGGGAAUCCACCCAACUGUCCAUCAGAGACCCAGGUUUUCCAUGGAAACCAGUUAUCCAGAACAUUCCUCUUCCCAAUCUCUUUGUGAACAAUCCAGUGACACUGAUGUGCCAAGUCUCUAAUAUCUUCCCUGCAUUUCUGACUGUGAAGUGGUUCAGGAGGGAGAAGGAUGGAGAGGACUUGUUCCCAGUGUCUCACAGUGAGAAGUACAAGAUCCCAGAGGUUAAAUUGGAGAAACAAGAAGACAAGACAUUUCAGUGUCAAGCUCAUUUAACUUUCACCCCAACCAUUAGCUCAGAGCAAGGAGCUGAAUUCAUCUGUAGGGUGGAACAUCUAAGCUUAGAGAAAGCUGAGGAGAGGAGAACCGGCCCCCUCCAGAUACAAGUAGAGAAGAAGUUGAUUGUGAAUGACAUUCAGGGGCCAGACAAAUGGAUAAAGGGAAGAGAAGUCACUCUCUAUGCCAUGGCUUCUUACUGCACCAAAGAUAUAAAGGUGAUAUGGAUUAUAAGAGAGAGAGAUGGGAAAGUGUGGGAGAUCUGUGACACCCCAACAGAGAGAGGCAAGAAGCCCACAGCCCAAGGACUCAGCAGAUAUGUGGUAACUAGAGAAAGUACUGAUACAUCAGACAAAGAGGGGCUCCUUAAUGUGUCCAGUUCCAUGAGAUUUACCCCCUCUGUAUCUGCCCACUCUGGGGUGAGUCUCACAUGCAGAUUUGUCUGUGAUGGAAAGAGCGAGGAGAGAGAAUUUAAGCCAAGAGCCAUCUAUGCUAAACCCAAGCUCUUGGAGCCUAUAAUGCCGAAAUGGUGUUACUCUGAGAAAGUAAAAUACUCCCUGAACCUUGGGGGGUUUUACCCAAAAGACAUGGAAAUCACCUGGACGUCUGGAGUGGGAGAGUCUCAGAAAAAGAAGAAAUCAUCUGACCAACUGCAGGAGAAUCCCAACCGGACAUUUAACAUCCAAAGUGACUGCACAAUUAACCAGAAGUUCUUCCGAGAUCCAAAAUUUAAGGUGUGUGUGAGCUGGAAACAUGAAUCCAUGGAAAAUCCACAAUCCAGAGAAUUUUCUCUACAAGAUUUAGGUUACAUUUGGCGCCCAAUAAUGGAAGAAAUUCCCCUCCAUCAGAUACUGGUGGGCCGGCAGGUUGCCCUUCAGUACAAGAUCUCUGGGUAUUUCCCUGAUGCCCUGACUGUCAGUUGGUAUAAGAAGGAGAAGGGGAAGGAAGAGUUGAUUCCUAUUACUGGGGAAGGGAAGUAUCAGAUCCCAGAUCCCAUAACCAAGGAGCAGGCAGAUAAGACUCUCACCUGUACAGCAAGUUUGGUUUUCUCUCCAUCACUGAGUGAGGAACAUGGAGCAGAAUUUAUCUGCAGAGUCAAACAUCCCAUUCUACAGAAACCCAUAGAGAAGAGCACCGGCCCAAUGUUUGUCUGGGCUAAACCCAAACCCCUGGGAGAUAUAAAGUCAACCCUCUGUGACUCAGGAGAGGUGAUGUUGUCCUUCAGCCUUGGGAGCUUCUACCCAAAAGAUCUGGAUAUCAGUUGGACCUGUGGGGUGGGAGAUUCUCAGCAAAUACAGGAAUCCACUGACCAACUGCAGGAAAAUCCUGACCUUACAUUCAAUAUCCACAGUGACUGUAGAAUUCCCAGAAAUCUCUUCAACAAUCCAAGGUUUAGAGUUUGUGUGAGAUGGACACAUGGAACCAUGGGAAAUCCUCAAUCCAGGGAAUUUUCUCUAAAGGAUUUAGCCCAACCCCAGAUGCCCCAGCCUGUGAAUAUCACCCUCUGUUGUGACUCCGGAGAAGUACUUUUCUCUCUGAAGCUCCUGAGUUUUUAUCCCAAGGAGAUACAGACUGAGUGGCAUCUCAUAACAGGACCAGUUAAAAAUAAAUUAUCAUCAACAUCAAGUUUGACCCAGAAUUCUGAUGAGACUUGGAACAUUGAGAGUAACUGCAAAGUGUCAGGAAACAAACUGAGAGAUUCAAAGUCCAGAGUGUCCGUCACCUGGAAACAUGAAACCAUGGAAGGUCCAGAAACAAGAGAAAUAUCAGCUCUAGAUCCAGGUUUCCCAUGGGCCCCAGAAAUUGGGGAGAUAGUGACCCCCAGCCUUGUCCCUGGGGAAGAGGCCAGAUUUCAGUGUAAGAUCUCCAGGUGCCUCACUGCUGCCCUGACAGUCACAUGGUACAGAAAGGAGGAAGGAGACCAGGAGGGGGUCCCCGUGAGUCCUGGAGACAAGUACAAGAUCCCCAAACUCAGAGAGGACUAUAGACAUUUCUCCUGCACUGCCACUUUGUCCUUCACUCCUUCCCCACUCACUGACAAUGGGGUGGAAUUGAUCUGUAUGGUGGAACAUCCCACUCUACAACACAGAAUAUGGAGAGGGACCGGCCCACUGCAAGUGCAGGCACAUUCUUCCAGGGAGAGGAGGGAGGAGCUGAGAGAAUAUGAAUAUAUCAAACAGGGACAAUACUGAGCUACAGAAACGGACUCCUCACAGUUGAAGACUGACAGCUCUAACAGCCAAUGAGAAUGAAGCUGACCUCAGAGGUUACCAAUCAGGAGAGCACUAGAUCGUACCUCCCAACUGUGCUGACUUUCUCUUUCAUCUCCUCCACUGAAUAACCAGACAAAGAUACAACGUUUUCUUAAUUGUCUUGGCAGAGAGCCCAGAAUACGUGGCAGCUGCACUUAGAUACUUAUGUAACCAUUUAGGAAAAGCAAGAUACAAAUGUAACAAUUUAAGAUAAUCAGACAUACAAAUGUAACAACAUAAGAUAAGCAAAGAUACUGUUGGGGAAAAAUCCCAAGACCAGAGAUCAGUUGAGGUGAAAGGGUUAAUCCAAGUCUAUUCCUAUAUAAUAAAGUGCAAGUGUCUCUGCGUCCAGUCCCUGUGUGCGUGGAAAUGUGCUACUGCGCAUGUGCCCGAGACACUUGGACUUUAUUAUAUAGGAUAUGUCUGUACGAGCAAGUCCCCUUCCCCCGCUGUGCUGUACUGUACUGUAGUGUAGUGUAGUGUAGUGUAGUGUAGUGUAGUGUAGUGUAGUGUAGUGUAGUGUAGU